UGCUGGCAGCGUGGCAGCACGGUAGUGUCGUCCUGUCGGUGUUCCGGGAUCGCGCGCGUGUUCGCGCGCUGUCAUCAUCGCUAAAAAAAAAAAAAGGAAACAGAGGGAGAGACAAAACCUGGAAAGAAUACGCCGCACGCCGACGUUGCUGCAAAUAGAACCAAGAUCUGAUUGAUAACAGUCUGAUAAUUUAAACUGAUAAACUGAAGAUAAUGGAGGAAGAAUUUGAGAGUAAUGUCCCAAACAAAAAUUCCAAACCAAUUAAUUGGCCGUACAUGAAUGUCAGUUCGCUGACUAUAUCAUUUGUGACCAAACUGGUGACGGCCGGUAUCAUCUGGGGCUGGGGAUACUUUAAUUACAGUAUCGCUUGGUUGAUCGCGCCGAUCGCGUUCUCCGUAUGGAAGGCGGAACGGAAAAGAGACAACGAAUUGAAAACAAUCACAGCGCAGGCCAACGUGCUAGCCAAGGAGAAGGAAUUGAUCGUUAGUCGAAUGAACGAAUUACCCUCGUGGGUGUAUUUCCCGGACUUUGAUAGAGCCGAAUGGCUAAACAGAAUUUUGUACAAGGUAUGGCCAAGUAUGAAUGAGUUUGUCCGCCAACUGUGUAAACAAAGUAUAGAGCCGUCGAUCGUUGAGAAACUGACUGAAUAUAAAAUCAAGGGUUUUCAGUUUGGUCGUCUAGUCCUGGGACGCAUUCCACCAAAAAUACAUGGGAUCAAAGUAUAUGAUAAAAAUACCUCGAGAAAUGAGAUCAUCUUAGACGCAGAUAUUAUGUAUGCUGGUGACUGUGAUAUUACAUUUUCUGUUGGGAACAUAAAAGGUGGUAUUAAAGACUUCCAAAUGCGUGGUUUGGUGCGCGUUGUUAUGAAACCUAUGCUGCCCAUGAUGCCGUUAAUCGGAGGUGUACAAAUAUUCUAUUUGAAUGUACCUACUAUUAACUUUAAUCUAGUAGGAGUAGCUGAUGUGUUAGAUCUACCUGGAUUCAAUGAAAUUUUAAGGAAGACAAUCGUCGAACAGAUAGCAGCCAUUGUUGUAUUACCAAACAAAAUAACUGUACCCUUAACCGAAGAAAUACCUAUGGAAUCCCUAAAAACACCUGAACCCGAAGGUGUUCUAAGAAUUCAUGUCGUAGAAGCAAAGCAUCUAAUGAAAAAAGAUAUUGGAAUGUUAGGUAAGGGCAAGUCCGAUCCAUAUGCUGUCAUAAAUGUUGGUGCCCAAGAAUUUCGAACGAAAACAAUUGACAAUACCGUUAAUCCGAAAUGGGACUUCUGGUGUGAGUGUGCCGUGACUUCAGCCAUCGCGCAACAACUGACGGUACUGCUGUGGGACUCUGACACGAAGGGCGAUGAAAGUCUUGGAAGGGCCACUAUCGAAGUAAACCAAGUGAAGAAAAAGGGCAUAAUUGAUACAUGGGUUUCUUUGGAGCAAGCAAAACACGGAAUGGUUCACUUGCGAUUAAUGUGGUUACAAUUUUCGAAAGACCCUGCCGAUUUGAAAGCUGCUCUAGUGGAAACCCAAGAACUUAGAGUUACAUCAAUGAGUACAGCCCUUCUUACACUCUACAUCGAUUCUGCUAAAAAUUUACCGUGCAUUCGAGCAAACAAACAACCCGAUGUUUAUCUAGAAGCAAGCGUUGGUGCAAAGAAAGUAACAACGAGUAUUGUAUCACGUUCCUGCAAUCCCGUAUGGGAACAAGGGUUCACCUUUUUAAUCAGCAAUCCUGAAACUGGAAUUUUACACAUAAAGAUUAUAGACAAGAAAACUGCCAUGAUAGUUGGGGAAAUAAGUUAUAAUCUUUCUUUACUUUUGGAAAAAAAUAAUCUCGAGGUAACGCAACAGCCUUACGAUUUGCAAAAAGCCGAAGCGGAUAGUAAGCUUGUAUUGUCAAUGUCAUUGAAUAUCUUAAGAUAUGUACAACCUGAACCUACUUCCGAAGAAGAUGAAGAUGAUCAAGACAUCAACGAGUUGAAUAAGCGAAUCGAACGUCAAGAGUCCACCAUUAGUAACGUACUGUCUUCCAGUGUACCACCAAGCCCUCUUAAAAAACAGCCGUCAAAAGAGUCGAUCAACAGUCAACCUCGUAGCGGAUCCGCCGCGGCAAUUUUACCUGAAGAAGCAGCAGUGGAGGAAGAAUUAAUAUUCAGCGCCAACGCUCCGUCCUCUACCGAAAGUCCUCAGCUUAUCCAUAGAAAUCCGAGUAUCACAUCUUCCUCGGGCGAAGCGAAAUUAGGAAGAAUACAAUUGACCAUACGUUAUAGCAUGCAAAGGCAAAAGCUUUCUGUUUUUGUGCACAAAGUUGCUAAUCUUCCCCAAAAUGAUCCAUACAACAUACCGGAUCCGUACGUAAAACUUUACCUUUUGCCGGACAAACACAAGGAAACGAAGCGCAAAACUGCUGUGAUUAAGGACAAUUGCAGCCCAUCAUUCGACGAACAAUUUGAGUACAUUGUCUCGCAAGGAGACUUGAACACACGCGUAUUAGAAGUUUCUGUAUGCACGCAAAAAGGUUGGCUGUCCACCGGGAGUAAGGUGAUGGGGCAGGUUCACUUGAAAUUGAACGAGAUUAAUAUUUCGAAAACAGUCACCGGCUGGUACGACUUACAACCGGAGAUUAAAGACUAGAAAAAAAGAAAAAGUAAGUGGGAAUUUGGGCGUUUGUGCGUCUGCUUGACGAAACAGCCGCUUAAAUUCCCACUUAAUAAUCUAUACAAACGAUGAAAGUCUCAAAUGUUACAAUUACCACUAUAUUUCGUUGAUUAUUAUUAUUGUUAAAUUAACGAAUUAUUAAAUAAGUUACUAUGUGGUGCUAUGCGAGAUGCGAGACGUUUCGCGAGAAAUGAUAAAAGAUAUUAUUAAAGAGAUAUUUGUACUUACGCCAUUUAAUGGCAUGAAAUUAUCUGAUAUAUUAAAUCCUGCCGCAACUAAUAAAACAGGCGGAUUGGUUUAAUAACUUGUAAUUUCCAAUAGUCUAUGAAAUAUUUUAAAAGAUUUUAAUGAACUGAAAUGUAGGAUAUUCUUCAACAUGUAAAAUUUUUGAAGUGAUACAGAUAAAUGUGACAUACAUAUAUAUAUUGUAGAAUAAUGUGUUUCUUUUUCGAAAAUAUUUUUAUUUUAAAAAGUAUGCAGAUACACAAAAUUAGAAUAAAUAGGAAAACAAUAAUAGCGUUCUAAACAAUAAUCUACGUCCAUGAUUCAACCUCGAUAAAUUAGGUAUUUGAAAUUAAAAAGCAAUUUUUUCUACACUUGAAAUUUUCACUGACAAAAAUUCUUUUUUAAUUUUACUUUUUGUAAAAAUGUAUAUUUAAAUUUGAAAAUUGUAUUUUUUCACAAAACUUCUUUGUCUUUCUUAUAAUUUUAGUAAAAAAUUAUAAAUCGGAAAAAGCUUUCGCGAACCAAUAACAAAUGUUAUUAAAAUAUUACUUAAAAAUUCUAAAGUAAUCGGAUAAACUGUGUUUGAGUUAUCGUGGUUAUCGCUUUGAAAAAUGCGUUCAAAAUUUAACAUUUAAUUUAAUACUUUUGUAACGUAAUUUUCCAUUUUAUCUUUAAAAAUACAUAUUUUAAAAAACAUUUAUCUAUCUCUUUAAACUUUAAAUAAAUUUUACAAGAUGUUGAAAAAUAUUCUAGUUUUUGAUUCAAAGCUUAUAAUCCCUUUUAAUACAAUACAUACGCGUGAAAAGAACAGAUUUCAACAAGUUUUAAAUACGUGUUAUGGUUACUAUUUUUGAAAGUGUGCCUAAAACAGUUAAACGCUGGACGUUUAAUUCUUCAAUUAAAUUAUUACAUUUGUGAAUCUCAGUUAUGAGUGAAUAUUCGCAAAUCGUGAGAGUAAAAGAAAAUUUGAAUUAAACGCACGCGUGUAAAGAACUUGAACAUUUCUCUCACAAUAUCGAUCUGCUCUUUGCAUAUAAACAUAUUUUAUAUAUUUUCUUUACAUUUGCGUGAUGAUUACUAGCCAAUUUGAUUGGACACACUAGUGCAUUGGUGUACAUACGUUAAAGCCAUUGUAUGUACACAAAUUGACAGAAAGAUAUAUAUAUUAAACAUAAAUAUAUAAAUUAAGACGUGAAAUUCUUAAAUUGUAUAUGUUUAUUGUGUUGUUAUUAUAUUGUUGAUAAAAUAUGUAUUUUAUUUUUUGGGAGAUAUUUGUAUUUUAUUUUUAUAUUUAAAUUAAAUUAAUGUAUAACGGCUUUAACGCACACCAAUGCAACUAGUACAGUUUAAUUGAGUCCACUAUAAAUUGCAACACAAAAUGCACACUCUGUGCGGAUACUAUUACUAAAUAAUCUGAAUAACGCCGUAUAACUAAUUUAUAUGCUUAUGGAAACUACGUAAGACGUAAGUUAAUAUUUUUGCAAUAUUGUGUUCUAUAUUUUUUCUUUAUUAUUUUCCGAUACCGUUCUAUUACUAAUAGAAUGAAAUAAUGCAUUUACCAAUUGCACAAACAAUUAAAUGGAUAAUUGUACUAAUAUUUGAAUAAUUCGUAUUUUAUAAGAUCUAAAUUAUGGUACAGUUGUACAUCAUUAUAGUAUGGCACUCUUAAAAUCAAAUUAUUAUAUACGCUUUAUAUUUGUAUUGGAGAUUUUGCUACAUUAUACAUACUUAAAUACACACAUAAAUAUACCUAUGUAUCUAUAUUCUGUGACGCACGACUCCGUCAAUCAGUGUCACAAAUUGUUGAGAACAAUAAAUAUUAUGUGCAUUGUCA